UCACCGACGUAGGGAAGGCGCUGUGUUUCCCUCCACACUUGACCAAAUCCGAUUUUCUUUGCUGGAAAUCUAUUCUCUUUUUGUGGGCCGCCAGCUCUGCACCCGUUUAAUAAAUGAAUAGCACACUGUGAAACUACAGUAUUAGUCUGGUAUCGUGAAGGAGGGCGUUCUCCCCCUCGAAAGACCGAGAGGCUACCAUGAAGCUAACAGACAAUGUGCUGCGGAGCUUCAGGGUCGCAAAGGUUUUUCGGGAAAACUCCGACAAAAUUAACUGUUUUGACUUCAGUUCGAACGGCGAGACGAUUAUAUCCAGCAGCGACGACGACUCCCUGGUAUUAUACGAUUGCCAAGAGGGAAAACCUAAAAGGACGCUUUACAGUAAAAAGUAUGGCGUGGAUUUGAUCAGGUACACACAUGCUGCCAACACAGUGGUCUACAGUUCCAACAAAAUAGAUGAUACAAUCAGAUACCUGUCACUUCAUGAUAACAAAUACAUCCGCUACUUUCCUGGACACAAUAAAAGGGUCACUUCUCUUUCGAUGUCUCCUGUGGAUGACACAUUCAUUUCUGGCUCUUUAGAUAAAACUAUUCGACUAUGGGAUCUACGGUCACCAAACUGUCAGGGCCUCAUGCACUUGCAGGGCAAACCCGUCUGCUCCUUUGACCCAGAGGGUCUCAUUUUUGCAGCUGGCAUAAAUUCCGAAAUGGUUAAACUCUAUGAUCUACGGUCAUUUGACAAGGGCCCUUUUGCUACCUUCAAACUUCAAUAUGAACGAACAUGUGAGUGGACGGGACUGAAGUUUAGCAACGAUGGGAAACUUAUCCUACUUGCUACGAAUGGUGGAGCGCUCCGCAUCCUGGACGCCUUCAAAGGGGCUGUUCUACAUUCUUUUGGGGGCUACAACAACAGUAAAGGCGUGACGCUCGAAGCAUCAUUCACACCCGACUCUCAGUUCGUCAUGAUUGGUUCUGAGGACGGAAAGAUCCACGUGUGGAACGCGGAGAGCGGCAUGAAAGUGGCUCUGUUGGACGGGAAGCACACCGGACCCAUCACCUGCCUGCAGUUCAACCCCAAGUUCAUGACGUUUGCAAGUGCCUGCUCCAACAUGGCUUUCUGGCUCCCUACCAUCGAUGACUGAAGCUGCAGACGGUCCACCAGGGGGCAGUCAGUUCUCCAGACUCUCAUUGACUGGGGACUGAGGAGGGGGUGGAGGCCUGGGGGGGGGGC